AUUCUUUUAUCUGUGGCUCAUGAUCCGAAACACAAAAGUCAUACAAACUUACCUCAUAGGACAAGGAAUCUCAUUUCUGGAAGCACAAAUGAGACCGAUAAUUCCACCCACUCAUCUUUAUCUCUAAAAGAACAGAUACCCCACAGAUUCUAAGCCUCAAACUCAUUUGAAUCUGUUCCGAGUGUUGAGUCAUGGUUUUCAAAUGCAUCAGCUUCCAUCUCCAUCCCCAUCCCCACCUUUCUCUUUACUCUGCAAUAUCCCAAAAUCCAAAAUUCUCAAGUCUUGCCCUCACUCCUUUAUUCUCGACUGGCACAACGACCAAAAUAAAGGCCACCCGCAAUCAAAUUUAUCAUUCAUUUCCCAAAAGAUGCGCCAUUUUAACUCCCAUGGCAUCGUCAGGUCAAUCCAGUGUUGGAACAAAGUUUGAUGAACUCGAACCUGAUCCAACUCUCACCAAUGAUGACCUCAAGCCAACAACUCCUAGUCAAAGGAACUUCCACUGGUGGGAAAUGGCCUGUCUUUGGAUUGGUCUUGUUGUUGGUGUCCCAUCAUAUUACCUGGCCGGUAGUCUUGUUGAUAUUGGGAUGGCUUGGUGGCAGGGAAUCGCCACUGUUGUUGCUGCCAACUUAAUCCUGUUAGCGCCAUUAGUUCUCACAGGUCAUCCUGGCGCCAAAUAUGGUAUCUCUUUCCCUGUCUUGGCAAGAUCAGCUUUUGGUAUUCGUGGUGCUCAUGUUCCUACUUUGCUUAGGGCAUUGGUUGGUUGUGGCUGGUACGGGAUAGAGAGCUGGAUUGGAGGUGAGGGGAUUUUCCUUCUGCUGCCAAAAUCCAUUAAAGAAUCUUCCCUUUCUCAAUUAUUACCUUGGCUUGGCACUUCUGCUCUUGAAUUUGCUUGUUUUAUUGUCUUUUGGGUGGCCCAGUUGUCCAUCGUUUGGAAAGGAAUGGAUGGAAUUAAAGAGCUAGAAAAGUACUCAGCCCCAAUUCUGAUCAUACUCACCUCUAUCCUUCUCAUUUGGGCUUAUGUCAAGGCUGGUGGUUUAGGCCACAUGCUAUCCUUAUCCUCUAGGCUAUCUUCCUCAGAGUUUUGGUCUCUCUUUUUCCCUUCACUGACGGCAAAUAUAAGCUUCUGGGCUCCUCUUGCACUUAACAUUCCUGAUUUUACUCGAUAUGCCAAGAGCCAGAAAGAUCAAAUUAUUGGUCAGGCAGGCCUUCCAAUCUUCAUGGGGGCAUUUACAUUUGUUGGCUUAGCUGUAACAUCUUCUACUGAAGUAAUUUUUGGCCAUGUGAUCUCUAGUCCAAUUCAGCUUCUUGGACAAAUUGGAGGAUUCGCAACAAAGAUCCUAGCCAUUCUCGGAAUAAGCCUAGCCACCCUCACAACCAACAUUGCAGCCAAUGUUGUUGCCCCAGCAAAUGCACUGGUCAAUCUCAGCCCUUCCAAGUUCACAUUCAGAAGAGGAGCUUUGCUGACUGCAUUGCUUGGCAUUGCUUUUCAGCCUUGGAGACUACUAAAAUCCAGUGAGAGCUUCGUAUAUACAUGGCUAGUUGGCUAUUCUGCAUUGUUGGGCCCAAUUGGUGGCAUAGUUCUAGCAGAUUAUUAUCUCAUUCACAGAAUGAAUUUAAGCAUCAGGGACCUGUAUUCAUUAAGUCCCUACGGUGCUUAUUACUAUACUGGAGGCUUCAAUUUGGCAGCAUUGGCAGCUUUGGCAAUUGGGAUUUUGCCAGUAAUCCCAGGCUUCUUGCAAAAGGUGGGGAUUCUACCAACGGUUUCAGAUGCUUUUGUUGUCAUUUACAACAAUGCUUGGUUUUUCAGCUUCUUCUCUGCAGGUCUACUAUAUUGGAUUUUGUCAAGUAUGAGAGGGAAACAUACUAAACCUUUACCCUAUGAUCCGCUUUUGCCACCUGCAGCGUAAAUGUUCUCAAAUACACACACACAUAUUGUCUUUAGUUCCCCUCUUUAUUCCUUUGUAUGUUUUCACUUUGCAAACAGUACUAAAUCUGCACGUUGGUUGUGAAUUGUGAAGAGUACUCAAGAGCUUAAAAAACUCUCUACAGGCUGGAAAUAGGGCGUUAUGCAGUUGUAAACAAUACUCAAGCUGUCACUUUUGUAUCUAUUUCAUUGAAUAGAAUUUGCAGAAUUGUCAUUCCUAUGUCA